GUAGUUGGCAUAAUCAUGAAUAAUUCAGCAAAUACUAACCAAUCAUAUUGUGGUUAUGAUAAUCACCAGUUGCUCACCGCCACAUUACGCGUACUGAGGAUGUCAACAGUUUUCCUUUCAACCCUAUCACUUGCAAGAGGCACAGCUGCUAUCUAUAGAACAACUCUAUUUUCAGACCAUGCAGACAGGACGCAAUGGAACCCUCCCAAACCUUUAUUUACCGUCCAUUUCUGGGAAAAAUGUGGCUAAUCUGUGCUCAAGUCACACACUUGUUUCUGCAUUGUCACUUAACUGGAUGUUUUAGGAAGAAAACCGAGCUGAGAUCAUGGAAGCGCCUGCAGGCCCGCGACCAAGACAGGAUAUUUGUGCAGGGAAUGCGACCCUUGAUCUAGAGGACAGAGAGAACCAAGCGGGCUGUGUGAGAGUGAAGGUGGAGGAGUGCUCUUUCACUGUGGAACGGGCCGAGCUAGCAAAGUACAGCGACUACUUCCGUGCUCUCUUUCACUCAGGAAUGAUGGAAAGUAACCAGGAUGAGGUUUAUCUGAAGGGUGGCGUGCAUGCCAGGGGUUUCCUAAUCGCUCUUUCUGUGUGGAGGGGAGAGACGCCCACCAUCAGCGACCCAGACGAACUGGUAGACGCUGUAGAGUGCGCUGCUUUCCUUCAGGUAUCACUUUUGGUCAAACAUCUGUGUGACAUCAUUGACAUGGACAACUGCCUGUUGCUUUACCAUGCAGCUUCCAUCUUUGGCGUGCAUUCAUUGUUCCACAAUGCCGCUCUUUUCCUUUGUGAUGAUUUUGAUAACUUGAAAGAAAGUGCGGAGAGUUCACUACCCGAAGAACUGCUAGAAUACGCUCAGUCAUUAUCCCCUGCUGCGUAUAUCGCUAUAGGCACCCAUUCUCCCUCAAUGGAAAUACUGGAUGACUCCUUCAGGGUUGUUUGCUACCUCGACGAAAAUGAGGGUGAUUGGAAAUUUCUGACAAACCUCCCCACUCUCUGUAGCACCUCCAUGGCUGGAGUGGCAGUGGUUGACAAUCGGUUGUACAUCGUCGGGGGAGUUUACAGUUAUAGUAAAGAAACUGUAGAUAGCAGCUUCUGCUACGACCCUGAAUCGGGGGUCUGGACUUCUCUUCCUGGUCCCCAGCAACCAAGAUGCGAUUUCACCCUCCUGGGGUUGGAGGGUCGACUCUACGCAGUAGGAGGCGAGUACAAAAAAAACAUAAUUUCUACAGCAGAGAGUUACAACAUUGAGAAGGGUGAGUGGACAUUCAUUCAACAUGCACCAAGACCUGUAGCGUCCGCCGCAUCCGCUGUUGCAAGGCGGCGGAUGUUCAUUUGCUUCUGGAAGUCUCCAGAUACCACAGAUAUCUACGAGUACAUACCGGUGAACAAUGAGUGGAAACUUACAACCACUAUGCUCAGACAUCAAAGCUACGGCCACUAUAUGGUUGCCCAUAGGGACAAUUUGUAUGUGAUGCGUAACGGACCUUGCGACGACUUCCUUCGUUGCCUAAUGGACUGCUACAAUAUUACGACAGGCCAGUGGACCGCUAUUUCAGGACACUAUAUAAACAGCAAGGGGUCGCUGUUCACUGCUAUGAUAAGGGGGGAUUCUGCAUUUACAGUUAAACAUAUGCUAACACUUGAAUAUACCAUCACGAGAGAUGGAUGGAAACCUAGACGACAGAUGAAGGGAUUCCCAAAGAGUGGAUCACUAUGGACGUGUUUACUCAGGCUUCCCAAGACGGGACCAGUUGUCCCACAGCUGAAUGCAGAAGGGAAGGAAGAAGAAAUGGCUUCGCCAGACAUGUCUUUCAAAUUUGAGGAGGCUGAAUCACAACCAUGACAUGUCUACAUGAAUGAAAACCAGUGUCAUGGUCAUAUGGUGGGGGAAGUAGACUGCAGGGAGAACUGAAACACAGUCGUACUGUCUAAUCUGUACUCACAAAGAUGUUUUUCAGAGAUGAUGCUUUCACUUUCACAUGCGCUACACAUACGAAACACACAGAAGUAAAUACACUUCUGCUGACCAGAAGCAUCGUUCUGAUUAGCAACAGUCACUACUUUAGUUUAUUUUAGGCUUUGAGUUUUCAUUUGCUUAUAUAAUAACGCUAACUUUUGUGAACCUUGGCGAUAGAGUUUGCAUUUAAUCACAUUUUUAUACUGUUGAUCUUUGAAGCAACCAAAGCAAAUGUUGGUAAUUGGAGCAGCUAAAAUAGCUAGUUGUACAUAUAUAAGAAUAAUCCAUUUCAUAAAAAUCCUGGUAUAGUUUGAAAUGUUCACAAAACAGAUCAAUUCAGUUUGAAGUCAUUUAUGAGACACAAUUUGAUAGUAGACUUUGAAGUAACUGUUC